AUGGUGUUGCUGGACACUCAGUGGCUACUUAGCACUGGCUGGUUCAAGAAGGACAACGACCUUGCGCUGCGGAUGUACGAACGAAUUCCGACCACUUUCAACAGUCACUCUUUGCUCAAACUAAACCAGGUUAUAGCCUACAGUGAGCCUCGCUCAGAACGGCUCAAACAUGCGUACCUUCAGCGAGCUGUGCACGCAUACGCCAACCGUGAAGACUUCUACUGCAUGUACAACUUGUGGCAUUUGGAGGAAGUGGACGAGGUCGGUGGCCUGUUGAACCCUCUGUACCAAGAGUUGUACCAGGAAUUGAGCCGUGCCGCGCGUGAUCGACGGUCAGGAAUCAUCAAUCCUUCGCCGCAACAUGACGUUCAUUACCAGCACUGCUUCGCGAAUGUAUUGUGCAAAGAACUACCCGAGUGUGGCCGUUUUCUAACGCCACAGAGAAGAUGCAAUCGGGGCAGCACCGUUAUGUGUGAGCGGCCUUACGUUAGGCUGCUGGUGGCCGACCGGUACUUCCGAUGUCACUACUGCCUAGCACACGUGCCACUAGUGCUCAUUCCCUGUCCCACCUGCUCGUCCACCCUGUACUGCUCUAACACGUGCCGGAACCGCGCCUAUGACGAAUACCACGCGUUGGAGUGUGCCAUACUAGCUUGUCUUCGUAUUCAGUUUACCACUUUGGAGCAUCUCGCCGUACGGCUGACGUGUCGUGUCAUCAACAUGUUUGCCGGCCAACUUGAUCAACUCGAACCGUACGUACGCUCGUUGCUAGCGAGUUUCACACCAAGCUCGCACAGCACACUGUACGGAAGAGAUGCACCAGAAAGUCCCUGUAAGCAGUACGCUAGGAUAUAUCAUCUAGCCACGAAUCGUCGACAAAUCACCAGAGCGGCGCUUACGGAAAAUGGACUCCGCGCGGUCUCGUUGGCGAAGCUGCUUGUUGAACAGAACAAGCUGCCGGCCGGACUGCUGCCCAUCAUUGCUGAGCUCACUGUGCGACACAUGCACAUUGCCGCUGCCAAUGUGCUGCCGUUGCACCGUUCCAAUGCAAAUCCGGCAGUUGAAUCACAGAACAAAACGUCGACUCGGUACGCGCUGGUGCUGCUGACCACGGGAAGCAGGCUAAACCAUGCGUGUAGUUCUAAUUUAGCGUACCAGUUGACGCAGAAUGGAACGGUAAGCUUCUUAGCGAAGCACCACCUCUGCCCUGGGAUGCAGCUUACGAUUGAUUACAGAUCGAUCGAAGGUGACAACAGGUCCCAAUUUAAAUGCCAAUGUGCGAAAUGCGUAUGAUCAAAGACUGGAUUGCGGCUUGUUUCUUUCCUAUGUUCCUUAUCCUAUGUUCCUUUUUAUUUUUUAUCAUCAUAAUUGCCCGCGGGGCUAGAUAGUAUCCUGUGCCAAAUCGCCAGCAAAUCACCAGACGGCGUCGGCGUUCAAUUGUAUAUUUGAGCAUGCCUUGGGUCUCAUAAAGCGCGUUUGUCAUG